CCAAUUUUUUCUAGAUCCCCACCCUCUAUUUCACCGAAUUCCAUAUCUAUGGCCCAAAUUAGAGACCUCGGAUCCCAAACCACUCUUCUUCCUCCUUUUCUGUGAAAGUCGCAGACCUCACCCGAAGUCGCUUCUCCUCCGUCUAGCAAACACUUGUUCCUUCUUCAAACCUUUCUGUCGAUUGUAGCCCAAAUCUUUCCCAGCUUCUUUUUGCUGCACAUAUCAAAUCCUACCCACCAUUAUUAUUAAGAACAUUUUUAUUAAAAAUAGUCGAUGGGGAAAUAAGACAACGGAUGGUAAUAUUACCCCUCAGAAAGUAGACAGGCUUAUUUACACUUCGUCCGUGCAUUGAUUUGACCGCAAGCCUUUGAUUCAGUGAAGCCGAAAAUAUCCAUUUCGACCUCCAAUUUGCAAUCCUUUUACGAAGCAUACCCUCGCUUUCAAGUUUCAUCCGUUAAGAAAGAAACCAUUCACCGUUUCUACACGAAUUUCCCGUUUCAGUUGGGUGCUUUGAAGAAAGAAACUGUUCACACUACAACACUACCAGGUUUUCUUGGGUUUUUUAAAGGGAAAAUUAAGCAAAACCCCUCCAAAAACUUGAAAACAGCAAUAAAAAUCGAGGGCCUGAAGCAGAAACAACAAAAGAAUCGAGGGCAAUAAGUAGGAUUUAAAAGCCCCCUCUUUUAUGAUGAAAUUGGAUUCUUGGGUUGAUAAAAGGUUGAUAUAUCUUUUGCUUUGUUGAUUUUAGAAGUAUGGAGGUUCUCCAAGCUUAGAUAUUUGGUUCGAAAUGUUUGCAAUUUUUGAAUGGUCAAUGAGUAGUUUCGAUGGCAUCUUGGUUUGGGUUUUUGAGUGCUUUAAACAACGUCUUGUUGUACAAGUAAUCUUGUGCAUUGUGAGAUUUGUAGCUUUUAUUGUUCGACCACAGCGAAUGCGUGCAUUUUUAAUGAUUACUCUUGUUUUAGGCUUUGGAGCAUUUCAUUCCAUUGGGUUGGGAGUUGGAAUGGGGAUCAUAGAGGCGGUUUAACAUUUGGAAUCAUCGAAAAUUACUGAUUUGCUUAAUAGUUGUCAUUUUAAGGAAAUUGCCCAUGGAGUGCUCUUUCCAGACCAAGUUGCCCAAGUUCAACAGGGAGAUAAUCUUCGCUGUUCGUGAUUUUCCCCUGGGGAGUGGACAUUUUGCUCAGUUAAACUAUUUGAGGCCUGCUCUGGUUACUUCUGUGAGUGUACCAACAGAAAGUUUGGCUAGUGGGGAAAAACAUGGUGAUGGGCAUGCAGUUGAAAAAAUGAUGAGCUCAAGUGGUCAAGUGGAUAAAACUGACUUGUCCAAUAACAAGGAUGUGGGUACUGCAGGGACAGUUGAAUCAGUAACAGCCGUAGAACAUGAAGUACCUGAAUUCUCGAAGAACCUACAUCAGUUAAACAACCUGAGACCUGUUGAAGAGGCAGCUUCUGUUGGUAAUGCUGAGCAUUUGAUUACCCGGGAUAAUAAUGGUGAUGGAAAAGGGGUUGAAAAUCUGACUGUUUCGACUGAUCAUGUGGAUGAGACUGGCUUGACGAACAGUAAGGCUGUUGGUACCAUGGAGAUAAAUGAAUCUGUGACUGCCUUAAAGCGUGAAAUACCCGAUUUCCCGAAGAAUCUGCAUGAGCUAAACGAUUUGAGACCUGUCAAAGAGGCAGCUUCUGUUGAUACUGCUGAGAAGGUGGAUCAGACUGUCCUGAUGACUGGUAUGGCUUCUGGUACUGUGGAGACAGAUGAUUUUUUAACUACUAUGCCGAAUGAAAUACAUAGUUUGUUGAAGAGCCCAGGUCAGCUUGGUGUGGCUACUCCAAAGGAAGAUACAGAGACUGUUCUGUCCAAUAGAAAUCUUUGUUCGCCGCCUGAUGGUUCCAUUUCUGUUUCUAGUGGAAAUGAUCUUGAGAUAACUGCAGCCAAUGAAUUUUCUCGAAAAGUAGUAUCAGCUAUACGCAACUUCCCUCAUCUCUGUGGACCAAAAGCUGCUCUGAAGGUUUGGAAUUUUGGUCAAGAAAGUUCACGACUUCCAUCAUCAUCGAACUCAGUGAAGACUAAUGUGAAAUCAACAGGAGAGAAAUGCUUAGAUAAAUCUUCUUCUCGUAAGCAUUUGCAUGAAAGAUUUUGAAAGUUUAGAACUUCCGUCACACAGGACGAUUGUGCUGGGAUUGAUGGCUGGUCCUAAUUGUCCAUGGAGGAACCGAAAAAGGGUCUUCAAGCAGCAAGAACAUGAUGUGAAGCAAACAUGAGAGGAAUGCAUAGAUAAAUCACUUUCUCAUAAACAAUUGCAUGAAGAUUUUGAAAGUUCAGAAGUUCCGUCGAAUAGGAGAAAUGUGCUAGGAUUGAUGGCUGCUUCAAAUUGUCCAUGGAGGAAGGGAAAAGGGUCUCCAAGCAGCAAGCAUAUACCAGAUGGUCGUAUGAGUGACAAAAGCGAACGAAACUUGAUUUUAGAUGUCACCUAGAAAGAUCUAACUGCAUUCAGUACAGAUAAGCUGGAUAAAUUUCAGAAUCAUUCAUCAACAAAUCGCAGUUAGUUU